CCUCGGCCGCAGGAGCCGGUGCACCCAGGUGUAGCGCCCCCGCGCGGCGCGGGCUCCUGGGCAUUUCCAGCAUGACCCGCCAGAGCCUGUGGGACGUGUCCGAGGCCGACGUCGAGGAUGGAGAAAUCCGCAUCAACGUGGGCGGCUUCAAGCGGCGACUGCGCUCCCACACGCUGCUGCGCUUCCCCGAGACACGCCUGGGCCGUCUGCUCCUCUGCCACUCGCGAGAGGCCAUUCUGGAACUUUGCGAUGACUACGACGACGUCCAGCGUGAGUUCUACUUCGACCGUAACCCCGAGCUCUUUCCCUAUGUGUUGCAUUUCUACCACACCGGCAAGCUCCACGUCAUGGCUGAGCUGUGCGUCUUCUCCUUCAGCCAGGAGAUCGAGUACUGGGGGAUCAACGAGUUCUUCAUCGACUCCUGCUGCAGCUAUAGCUACCACGGCCGCAAAGUGGAACCUGAGCAGGAAAAGUGGGACGAGCAAAGUGACCAGGAAAGCACCACGUCCUCCUUCGAUGAGAUCUUGGCCUUCUACAACGAUGCUUCCAAGUUCGACGGGCAGCCCCUGGGCAACUUCCGCAGACAGCUGUGGCUGGCACUGGACAACCCGGGCUACUCGGUCCUGAGCAGGGUCUUCAGUGUCCUUUCUAUCUUGGUGGUGCUGGGCUCCAUCAUCACCAUGUGCCUCAACAGCCUGCCGGACUUCCAAAUCCCUGACAGCCAGGGCAACCCUGGCGAGGACCCCAGGUUCGAAAUCGUGGAGCACUUCGGGAUCGCCUGGUUCACGUUUGAGUUGGUGGCCAGGUUUGCUGUGGCCCCUGACUUCCUCAAGUUCUUCAGGAACGCGCUGAACCUUAUUGACCUCAUGUCCAUUGUCCCGUUUUACAUAACUCUAAUAGUGAACCUGGUGGUGGAGAGUUCUCCUACUUUGGCUAACUUGGGCAGGGUGGCUCAGGUCCUGCGGCUGAUGCGGAUCUUCCGGAUUCUCAAGCUGGCCAGACACUCCACUGGCCUCCGCUCCUUGGGAGCCACCCUGAAAUACAGCUACAAGGAAGUGGGACUGCUCUUGCUCUACCUCUCAGUGGGGAUUUCCAUCUUCUCUGUGGUGGCCUACACCAUUGAAAAGGAGGAGAAUGAGGGCCUGGCUACCAUCCCCGCCUGCUGGUGGUGGGCCACCGUCAGUAUGACCACUGUUGGGUAUGGAGAUGUGGUCCCAGGGACCACAGCCGGGAAGCUGACUGCCUCUGCCUGCAUCUUGGCAGGCAUCCUGGUAGUGGUCUUGCCCAUCACUUUGAUCUUCAAUAAGUUCUCCCACUUUUAUCGGCGCCAAAAGCAACUUGAGAGUGCCAUGCGCAGCUGUGACUUUGGAGAUGGAAUGAAGGAGGUCCCUUCAGUCAAUUUAAGGGACUACUAUGCCCAUAAAGUUAAAUCCCUCAUGGCCAGCCUGACAAACAUGAGCAGGAGUUCACCCAGUGAACUGAGUUUAGAUGAUUCUCUACACUAGCUGGGAUACAGACUUACAUUGCUUAUCUGCUGUCUGUGCCUCUGGCACAGUCCAGCCCCGCAGGGCUAUGGCAUGAGGAGCCGUCCUGACCCUAGAGGGAUAGCUGCAUGGGAUAUGAGCCCUAGAUUGCCUUUGCAAUGUUUAGAGUCAUUUCCUUGGAGGAUGGUUGUGUCUAAACCAUACCUUUGCCCCUUUCAGUGAAAUGACACUCACUGGCCUUUGUGUAAAAUGUUCGCCUGUCUGCCAGAUGAGUAUCUACAAUGCCAAUUUCUCUAUCCACUGUGUACACUAUGCAGUGCUUAGACCCCAGUAUUAUCUGUGAGUUUUCUGUGCUCCUAUUUUUGAGGUUGUUGUGUGAGUUCUGUACAAGAUGCCCUGACAGUUCUGUCCAGUGGAAACAUAUCUGUCUAUGAGGUCAGCAAGGAUAUCGUGAGAUUUGUAUCACAACCUGUGAAAACAAUCUCAACGAUCUAUCCCUUGCUUUUAUUUAAUUUUAAUACUAAAAUAGAAAGAUUGCAAAGUUAACACACUUGACCAAUGCAAGUCUUCGGGUGUCUUCCUACCUAAUCCUGUCUUGUGGUGUGCAUGAUGCACAGUCAUUUUUUAGAAAGAUGUGUAUUGACAUGUAUCUCCUAAGUGUCAGUGUAAGAGAUGUGACUCAGUCAACAUGUCAGAAGGACUGAAUGUCCCCCCAGACAGAUAGUUUAGGGACAGGGACUUUAGCUAAGCAUGGACCAUACCAAACCCCAGCGUGCUGUAAGCAGAGUUCAUGUAGGCUAAUCCCUUUUAUUGAUGGUCAGGCCUCUACUUUUCCUCGGGAAAUUACAGAGACAUUUAUUUCUGGCUGAGAUUCUCAAUCCAAGCCAUUUUGACCAAAGUUUUCUGUGUCUUGAUACUAGCAUGUUUUUCAAGUGUUCGUUUUAUAAGAUGUUUAGGAAUAAGAGCGUGUGUUUUUCUCCUCUAGAAGAGUUAGUGCUGCUGUCUUUGUAAGGCAAGCACUGUUAGGUUGCUAGCAAGGGCAGUGGCUUAACCAUUUUCUUGCCUGCUCUGAAAGCUCAUCAAAUGACAGCGUUUAUGUUUCCAAGCAGAGUUUGCUUUAGGUAGUUUUGCUUCUCGGACACAGGAUAGUAUGUGCAAUGUUUUGAUUGCCUCAAGUCCCUGCUGGAACAUGGUAGUACAGAAGCAUAUUCACAUUAGUGAUGGGCAUGAAGGCAGCGCAGUUUACCCAGGGGGGGAAAGCUGUAGUUUUUAUUUCCACCGCAAUUGCAGCGUUUUUUGUGUUUUUUUUU